UCGCACCAGCUCUCAGCCAGACCGCGAGACAUGUGGCUGAGACUUUCUGAAAGCUACGCUCCGUUUUUUAGCCCAAAACAAUUCCCGGAUUGUGUGAUUCGUCAGCAUUUCAUAGCAGGAGUUUGGACAUUAAAAACAGUUCACUAGGUGCAACCCAGCUGCAACAGCACGUACAGUGGUGAUCAGGACAGCCCGGGGCGGACAUGACUGGAGCUGGAAGUGGCGGCCAGGGCCCACCGGAUGGGACGGAUGCUGAGGAGGCGGAGAGAUGUCCUAUCUGCCUUGGCGUCCUGGCUGGAGGCGAGCUCGCCAUGCCCGACAGCUGCUGCCACGUCUUCUGCCUCAGAUGUCUCCUCACGUGGGCAGAGCUGCAGAUGGCUCCUUCCUGCCCGGUGGACAGAAGACCUUUCACUAAUGUUUACAGAUGGGACGGGAAUCUCAGCUGUGUGCAGGUUCCCGUGAGGAGACGAGCGACUCAGCCUGAAGCUGAGAGCUGCUGCUGUAGAAACCCUGAACAAAAAGUCUGUCUCAAAAGUAAGCCUGCAAGAAGACCAAGACGGCAAAAGGCGGAAAGGACGGCAGACGCCAAAACAAAAGGACUUGUGAGGAAAUGUAACGAUGAUGACCCCUCCUCACUGAGCAGGAAAAAGGUGAGAGGAACAGAGUGCUGCACUUGGUCACCGUCUUCCUGUGUCUCAUUAACGACAGCAUCAACUCAGGACAUUGUGGAGCCUGUGUGGGUGACAGAGGACAUACCAUAUGACACGUGGUCCCAACAGUGCAAACCCCAGGCGCAAAACUGUCCAUGGCUUUCUCCUGCUGCUCCCAUCCCUGCUAGCGGCACCUCCAGGCAGAAUUUCCAUCCCACUGGUUGGAGCCACAGCCCAUUUCCAUCUCCUUUCACCUCCAGUUCACUGUUUGGCCCUGGUCAUUUCGUGUUUCAGGGUGUUGUCUGCGCCAUCACGUGUCCCAAAGGAGGUGAGAAGAGAGGCAGUCGAGCUUCAACCUCCAAAGCUCCCACCAAAGAAGCCAAGUCUCUGCCAUCCAGGCGAUCUGGACGCAACAGCAGAUCCCAGGAAGAGGCUCCUGCAGCUGAGCCAGCAUCACCACCACAGUCCAGUUCAUCAGACUCUGAAUCCCCCACAGGCCAGUCCACCAAGCCGGGCAAGGCUUCUCAGGCUCCAGCCAAGCGGAAGGGCAAACAGGUAACAAAUCGAAAGGCCAGUGGGAAACGGAAAGCCCCAACUAGGAAAAAAAAAUCACCGGAAGUCGUUUGCAGCCCAGCAGCAAGUGAGGAGGAGGAAGAGGAAGAGGGUGAUGGAUGUGACAACGUGGAGAAGGAGAAGGAGGAGGAAGACAAAACUGAUCAGGAACUGGAUUUGAACAACACAGAGCUGCAGCAGUCUGAUGCUGAAGGAAGCCUCAAAGACCAGGACGGGUUCACCUCUGCUGAUGAUCGAGGAGAUGCUGAACCCUUGAGUAAUGAUGUGGGACAGGACAGUGACGAGACUCAGGAACAAUCUAAUGAACAUGAACUGAAACUAGAUGAGGGGGGUGAUGACCUGUCUUCUUGUCCCUCAGACUCGGCUCCUAAAAGCCCUGGUUCAUGCUCUGAGGGUGACCAGAGCAAGAAGGAGGAGGAGGAGGAGCCUGCAAGUCCUGUUUCCUCUGGAGAAAAGGACUGUGACAAAAGGACUUCACAGUCACCGUCUGAUUCUGACAACGCUCUGAUGGACAACCUCAUGUCUCCACACUGUGAUGAGCAGGCUGAGAACGACGAUGACAUGGAUGUUUGUGCAGAGUCAGAAGACGGCAACAAUGAAGAUUCUUUAAAGGACGUGAUGACUGAAUCAUGUGAGAAUUCUCAGCAACCAGCUUCGCCCUCUGCUGGAGAGUCGGAGGAUAAUUCAGCUGUCCCAGAAUCUAAAGCCUCUGAGGAUGCUGAAAUAAAAAUGCCUGGAUCAGAGGAGCCUUCAGAUGUUGACAGUCCUGGGGUAGGAACCAAGGGUGACAGUCCAUCCAAAGGCGACAGUCCAUCCAACUGUGACAGUCCAUCCAAGGAUGAAGGUCCAUCCAAGGAUGAAAGUCUACCCAAGGAGGAUGGUCCAUCCAGGGAUGACAAUGAAGUUGUCCCCAUGGACUGCAGUUCGCCCACGAGUGAGCAUGGUAACAGUCCCAUUGUGGUACUACCAAAGGAGAGUGCUGCUCCAGCUGCUGCCGAACUCGCUGCUUCUGCAAGCCAAGUCGCCAAGGACGAGAGCUCCAAGGACCAACAAGAGAGAGAAAGGAGCCAAGAGAGGAAGAAUGGCAGGCAGCGGCGCUCUCGCUUCCACUCCCCAACCUCUACCUGGUCACCUAAGAGGGACUCCAAGCGAGAACCAUCAAGGCACUCACGCUCACGAUCUAGAGAACGUGACAGCAGCCCGCCCUCUCGUCGCUCGUCCCGAGCUCGCAGCAGAGAAAGAGACAGGGACCGGGAGAGUGAGAGAGACUAUUCUAGGAGGGAACGUAGUCGCGAGAGGAGAAGGAGGCGAUCCAGGAGUCGCUCUAGGUCCAGGUCACGUUCUCGGUCUCGGUCUAGAUCACGAUCCAGAACAAGAUCAUACAGACGAGGGCCCAGCCCGGAACGGCCAGCCUCCAGAGAGCAGUCUCCCCAGAGGAAGGAGCGCAGGGGAGGCUGGAGGUCUGGGCAGGGGAGUGGGUCUGGUGGUGAGGGACGGAGGCAUCACGGAGGCGCUGGCCGCUUUGAAAAUGGUGUGCCUACAGAAAGUUCCCCUGAACGCCAGGCCUGGUCAGAAAAUCCAGACUGGGUUGUAGAAAAGAGUCGAAGUGAUGCUGACAGCAAGAACCGGGACUUUGGCUUUAGUGGUGGCUCACGAUGGGAAGAUCGCAACAGUGGCGGGAACAGAGGAGAACCACGGGGCCGUGGGGGGCGUGGAGGGUUUGAGCGGGGUCGGGGCACUGGGCGGGGUGGAGGCAACCGUAGCUUCUACAACCAGCAGGAAGAAACUGCUGACAACCGCUGGCAGCCUAGAAGCAACUUCUCAGGUACAGGUAACAAUUCAGGGAAUGACGCGUACAGCCGCUUCAACGAAAACCGGGGCGGUGGGCGGAGGAAAGAGCCGGAGUCAGCAGAGUCUAUGCUUGACCGGUCGGGCUGGUCAUCAGCAUCCAGCUGGGCUGUCAGGAGGACAUUACCUGCAGAUGUUCAGGAUUAUUACUCCAAGAGGGAGAGAGGAGGACCAGGAGGCUGGAACCGACAGGAGGAGGAGCAGCCGGCGGCAGCAGCAGAUCCCCCUAAAAGCGAGCCUCCUCCCCAGGCAGUCCCGGGCAACGCCCCUGGUAACGCUCCGGUGCCUGUGAUGAGCGUGAUUCCUCCUCCACUGAAUGUUAUUCACCAUCACUACCCCAUGCAGGGCCCGCGAGGACCCCUGCCGGUCAGCUUGCAGCCUGCAGCACCGUAUGCCAUGCCUCCUCAGGUCCCUGUGCACCUCCAUCCUGCUGUACCACUGCUUCAGGUCCCUGCUGUUGGUGCUCAGGGCCUCCCACCCCCUCCCCCACCACCGCCACCCAUGCAUCAAGGCAGCCAGACAGCAGCAGCUCAGCCUGAUGGCUACACAACGCCGAUGGCAAGUACAAUGGUGGGUUAUGGGAAACCUGGCCUUCUUCCUACCCCAACCAAAGCUGGUGUUGCUGCGGUGACCCAUGGCCAGCCGGCACCCAGCCAGGUGCUGCCAUCCUCCACAACUCAGCCCAGCCAGCAUAACAAGGCUCAGGCUGACAGCUCCAAAAAAGAAAAGAAACAACAAAUCCAAGAAAGAGCUAUAAAUGAAGUGAAGACAGCCAUCAAACCCUAUUACCAAAAGAAGGAAAUCACAAAGGAGGAGUAUAAGGAGAUUGUCCGCAAAGCGGUAGAGAAGGUGUGUCACAGCAAGAGUGGUGAGGUGAACUCCAGUAAGGUGGCCAACCUGGUGAAGGCCUACGUGGACAAAUACAAGCACGCCCGCAAGAAAUAAAAACCCCGCCCUGCUGCUGGCGAGGCGAUGCCCUCACAGACCCAUUCAGCUGCUCAAGUGCAAUUUCCUCUAGCUGGAAUUUGGCCUCCAAACUGAAAGACAACGGAGAGCCAACAUUUUCUUUUUUUUGAUAUCUCUACCUUUUAUUGAAUGAUGAAGAUUUUUUUCUAUAGAUUUUCAUAUUUUGUUAGAAAAAGAAUUACCCAAUCAGAAAAUUGUAAUGCAAGAGCCCUUUAUUUUGCAUAGGUCAUGUGACUUGGGGAACUACUGUAAAGAGCACAGGGUUGCGUGGGGGGGUUGGGGACGGCUGAUAUUAAAGAUGCAACGCUGAGUGAAUGACGUCAGCUCAUGUAGUGGAGAGUCUCUCCCAGGGUGCCAGCUGGUACGAUUAAUUUCUCCUAAAUGGCAUCCUGAUCGCAUAGCUUAUUAUUAUUAAUUGAAUAUUGUCAAUGUUCUUUUUUUAAAUAUUAUAUAAUAUUUCAGAUGAAAGCCUAGUUUAAAAAACAGUGCAUUGCCUUUAUUAAUCUCUGUGGCCCAAGUAAGGGCUGAAAUCUGAUGAGUGUGAUUGUAAUCAGGGCCCUGAUUGGUUGAGGAGACGCUAAGUGGGAUGGCCAAUCAGCAGUGAGUUUGCUAGCAAGGCGCAGGUCCCAGGGGGGCAGAUCAAGUGAAAUUAACCCCACCCCCUGCCUGAAUGUGUAAUAAAUGUCAAUGGGUGAACAUGAACUGUGCAAAGUAUCCAGAGAGUAGUGAAAUAAAUUAGCUGCUUCCUGAUCUGCUGUGUGUUUGUCAAGAGGCUUCACAUGGAGGAAGGAAACGCCUCCAUUUUAGACUUUAAUGAUGGAAGUGUUUCCUUCUUCAGAGGGUUUGUUUUAAUUUCAUCUCCAUCUUUGUUUCUGUGAUGUUUCUGCUCUACACUUCCAAAAAAAAUCUCCCUUGAAACAA